AUGGCACUAAUCUUUUAUGAACAUAGAAACGGCUUCGAACUUGGAAACAACACGUCGUUCCAUAGUGCAACGGCGAGCGCCACGUCAUCCUUUAGAAGCAUCCUGGUACUUUUGGCUAGGCAGUGCUUUACUCGUUGUUUCUGUUAUUUUUGUGGUAUUUCACCCGGACGUAUCAACGAUAAUAGACAAAACGCUGAGGAAUUUAAUCAGCCAAGAGCUAAUGAAAACCACAUAUCUAUAAGUAUAGUUCCCACAACGUUUUCGUCGCAAAGAAAGACGCUGGUAAUCGGUGCGCAGCCGAGCUUCACGCACAUGAGUAAGAGCUGGAACAGUGUCUUUCUCAUUUUACAUUCACCGCUAAUCUAUAUGCACGUCUGAAAAGUAAAUCUAGAACUAUUCGUUUACAUUGGAAAAAUUAAAUCUAAAAAAAAAAAAGGAAAACGAUCGACGCCGAACAAGUUGCAAAAUAUAAUAAAAAGUAUACAUGUUUGCAAAUUAUUCGCCUUUUUAAAAGGUCAUCUUUUUUUGCGGAUCGAUGAAAAUUGUAUAUAUAGUACUCUUAGUACUGAUCUCUCGCGUAUUUCUAUGUGCCAAUAAAAUAUUGAUUUAUAUUCCAGCACCAGUCGUUGCGUAACAAAGCGCCGCUUUGCCGAUUUGUCCCAAGAUCAGGUUCGAGAUGUGACGUGGUCCA